CUUUCAUUCCUUGUAAUGUUGACCAUGGAGGAGGAUACUCAGCACAUACUUUGCUGGGAGUGCGAUGUGCCUUUGGAAUUAAUUCCAAAAGUAAGUGGACAUGUAAAUGAACUUAUUCACGAAUUCUCACUGUUUAGACGUGAACUAAAAGAAAAUAGCUCUCCAGGGAAAAUACCAGAGAAAUUUUUAAAGAUACAGUCAAAAUUGAAACUGUUCAUAUUCUCCCAAGACUCUACGGACGUGCUCAAUUUUCUCGAAUGGAACAAGUUUACCACAGAUGCAUGCAAAAAACACUACAGUCAAACCAGUGUGAGGGAAGCAGGAAGGUGUGCCGUAGAAGAUAAUUUUCUUGUCAUUCCGAUUCAUUUAGUUUCACAGAAUGACUUGGAAAACAGGGCCAACAUAGAAAAAUUAGGCCAAGGAAAAAGUAUUUUACCCGAUGCUAUUACUGUGUUGACCUUUCGACCAAGAUCUAAGAAGGAAAUGCAGUCAAUUCAGGACAUCCUAGAAGAUAUAGAAUUAACAAACAAAAGUGUUUUUUCAGAAAAAGACUGUAUGUUCAGGGGUUUUCUAUCAAGAAAAGUUGAAGAGUGGAUUGUCAAUCUGUGUGAUACUUUACUCAAGUUUUUCGAAAAAUUCUCGAAAGAUCUCGAAAAAGUUCCGUCAUGCGCGGAGUUUGAGAAUAGUUUAAACGGCAUGUUGCAACACACUCAUUGGUUUGACGCAUACCGCAAGGAAUUUCCUUAUAUGGUCAGUGAAAAGAAACGAGUUAGAGAUCGUGCUGUUGUCGUAUUAUGUAAAGAAACUUUUAGUGUGAGUUUCAAAGGACUUGGUCCAAGGGAAAACAGUGGCUGUUGUGCUUCAGAUUUCUUGCUGGUAUACUUUCAGAGUUAUAUGAUGGGGAUGUUAGCGUAUAUUGUUGGAAUUAGAGAGAUGAGAUUAAGAAGAAAGUACACCUCGUGGAUGGAUGAAAUCAUCUGUAGUCUCUUAGAACAAGUCAGAGAGUUGCAAGAGUGCAUCAAACAGUCUUUUUAUGAUAUUAUUCAAGAUGUGAGCAACAUUCGCAGUUUUCUCCAAAACCAUUUGAUUCCAGCGCUACGAAAAAUUCGAAAAAGCUCCGAAGUUCAUGAUGAAGUUCAUUACGAUGUUCAAAUACGGCUAUCCAGGAUUCAUGGAUUAAGGUCAUUUGGAAUAGAGGACAAACAAUUUACUGUUUAUGUUGAUUCUGCAUGGAUUGAUGAUGAUUGUCUGCUUUUGCGCAUCAAGAGAGCUGUUCGUGAUCAUUACGAAGUUGAUAGAUCAUGUCUUUUGGAAUGGAAAGAGCCCUCAUUUCACUACCGGACUGGCGAUAUGAUAAGGGGCGAGGGAUCCCGAAGUGGUAUAAUCACUGUAUUUGCAGAAAGAGUAGAUGCAAAUGGCGAAGUACCACGCCGAGUUAACACUCUUUAUUUCAUAACCUGUGAACACGUGGCGCCUGAGAAAGAAAUGCGCGUGUUUUUCUCGAAGUGUAGUAAAUGUAGAGAUUCAUUUACUUGUUCUUGUGAAAGAGAGGAGUUGGGGAUUAAUAUGUACCCCUUUGGUAGACAAAAGGAAAAUCCAUUUGAUGCAAUCGUAGAUAUAACUUGUGGAAUUGUCCAUAACAGAACAUCGAUCCACUGUGACAAGAAUGUGCGCGGUCCUCAUAACAAGCAAAUUGAAAUUGUGGCUUUUAGAGACACGAUAAAUCGCCACACAGGAAAAACAGUUCUAAAAUGGGACAGCGAAGCUAAUGAACAAAAGGGGCAAUAUUUCGGAGUCCAAUAUAUUACACCUCCAGAUGACGAAAUUUUAGCUGACGAUAACGCUUUUUCAGUUGGAACGAGACGCGUUGAUCUGAUUGAAUCUACGGAGGGAACAACUUUUGGGAAAAAUGGCGAAAGUGGAGCAUUGAUAUUCCUGAUGCAGCAAGAGGAAAAUAAUGUGGAUGUCAUCUCGCCAGCUUUUGUGUAUUUAGGACAGUGGGCACAAACACAAAAUAAAUAUAUGUGCUUUAGACUCCAAGAAGGAAUUGAAUGUCUGGAAAUGGAACAUAAACUGAAAUUAAGACUUUGUUUUGAGAACGCCGAUAGUUCCUGCAGUGCCACGUCAGUCAGUUGAUACACAGUUGAUAUGCGACCAAAAGGCAACUAAAAUUAACUUUUAUCACCUGUUUCAACAAUUUGUCGUGUAUUUGUGCGCGCUGAACAUAUCAAAAAGUCUGUGAAAACUGAACUGGAUCAUGUGUACUUUUGUAUUCGCAGGAUAUACCAUGAAAACUUCUGUGAUCAUGAAGAAUGCAUAUAGGGCGCAUUUCAUGGAUAAAUGAAUGUUUGUCAUUGCCCAUUCUUCACGAAGCUAUCAUCAGCAUUCACUGAUUUAGAAGGAGAAUAUUUCAAUUUAAACAUAUUUCAUUAUGUAUUAAACAUAAUAGGAUAUGAUUCAUAUGAACAAUAGACACUCUCUAUAUAAGACCUUAAAAUUUACGAACCAGUCA